CAUUCAAAGUGGGCGACAAGUUCUACAUUGGCGGCGACAAGCUGCUACCGCUGGAUAGGUAGGGCUAUCUACUACUCACAUUGAAGCAUGCCGAUGCUGACGUCUUCAGGUUCCUGCCGAAGCCCAAACCCCCGCCAGGUUCGAAGGUCAAGAAGCCCGCUGGAGCAGGUCGCGGAGGAAUGCGAGGCGGACGAGGUGCGCCUCGUGGCCGAGGAGGCCCUCGCGGUGGUGGGUUCUCCUCGAGAGGAGGAGACCGUGGCGGACGAGGUGGCUCAAGAGGAUUUGGUGGAGGUCGUGGCGGCAGUGGCGGCUUCUCACGAGGCGGAUCACGCGGGGGCUUCAGCGGACGAGGACGGUACUGAGCAGGUCUUACGCACUGAGGAUCACCCUUUGUCCUGGACUAAGACGAGCGACCUUUUCCUUCUUCCGGGUUUGGCGCGAGCGAGCUCCCUACCGAUACCAGUAUCACCGUUGGCGUUCAGGAGUUUGCAGGUUUCCCGAUCAGAACUGUCCGAAAUAUGGCGCAAUCUGCCGGGCGGCGUGAAAUAGCUGGAGAGCUGGUGGGACGCAUGCCGCUGUAUGAACUUAGAACCAAUCAACUGCGCUACGAGUGCAUCGCAUUGAGCUCUCUUGUAGCAGAUUU